AUGGAAGAACUUCUUCUCUGCGAUCAAAGCUGUCUACGGUCCGCCGACGAAGGGCACUACUCCCCUCCUCAGCGCCGAUGGCCGUAUCCUUCUUACUGAGAAAACACAAAUUCUACAGCGAUGGGCCGAGCAUUUCCGAGGCGUCCCCAACCGCCCCUCCUUCAUCUCCGAUGCCGCCAUCGCCCGUCUGCCGCAAGUGGAGACCAACGUGGACCUCGACCUCCCGCCAUCUCUCCAGGAGACCAUCAGGGCCGUGCAGCAACUCUCCAGCGGGAAAGCACCCCGAUCUGACGCUGUCCCUGCUGAGGUCUACAAGCACGGAGGUCCCCAACUCAUGGAUCACCUGACUGCGCUCUUCCAGGAGAUGUGGCGUCAAGGCGAAGUCCCGCAAGAUUUCAAAGACCCAACCAUCGUGCAUCUCUACAAGCAAAAAGGGAAUCGCCAAGUCUGCGACAAUCACCGUGGCAUCUCGUUGCUUAACAUCGCCGGGAAGAUCGUCGCUCGCAUCCUUCUCAACCGCCUCAAUAACCACCUGCAACAGGGCUUUCUGCCGAAAAGCCAGUGCGGCUUCCGUCGUCAUCGUGGGACCACGGAUAUGAUCUUCGCCGCCCGCCAACUACAGGAGAAGUGCCCGGAGAUGCGGACCCACCUGUACUCUACCUUCGUUGACCUGACGAAAGUCUUCGACAAGGUGAAUCGUGAAGGACUGUGGAAGAUCAUGCAGAAUUUCGGCUGUCCGGAGCGAUUCACUCAGAUGGUGCGUCAGCUGCACGACGGUAUGAUGGCGCGAGUCACGGACAACGGAGCUGUCUCAGAGGCAUUCGCAGUGACCAACGGAGUGAAGCAGGGAUGCGUGCUGGCGCCUACCCUCUUCAGCCUUAUGUUCUCUGCCAUGCUGAUGGACGCCUACCACGACGAACGCCCCGGGAUCCGCAUCGCCUACAGGACGGACGGUCACCUGCUGAAUCAACGGUAG